AUGAUGCUCAUUAGAUAUAUUCUACUGUUGGAGGCGAUCGUCUUACAGGCGGUCAGCGGACAUCUGAUCAUGGUUUCGCCUGAGCCCUACAGCAAGGAAACCCUCAACAACUCUCCUCUCGCUGAACAUGGUAGCGAUUUUCCCUGUAAACUACGCACAGAUGCAUUCUUGGCUCCUUCAACAGAGACUGUCUACCAGAUCGGCAUUGAAAACAUAAUCAAGUUCAAAGGAAGCGCGACACACGGUGGCGGCUCAUGCCAACUGAGCCUGACCGAAGACCGUGAGCCAACCAAAGAUUCUGAAUGGAAGGUCAUCAAGUCCUAUGAAGGAGGCUGCCCCACAAAGGCAGAGAAACUCGCCGGAGACGCCACUGCCGACAAUGCCCUUCACCUCGAUUUCGCAAUCCCCGAGGGCAUUAACCCCGGAAAAUAUACAUUAGCCUGGACGUGGUUUAAUCGUAUUGGGAAUCGUGAGAUGUAUAUGAACUGUGCCCCAGUCACCGUGUCUGGUGCCUCGUCGCAACAGUGCCACAAGAGCAUACAAAAGCAAACACCUAAUUUCCCACCCAUGUUUAUCGCCAACAUAAAUGGCUGCGUCACCAAAGAGAACGUGGACAUUCGGUUUCCUCAGCCAGGAAGCAUUGUGGAACACAAUGGCGAAAAGGACCAUCUUCUUCGCGAAGGUGAGCCACCAUGCACCGGAACACCUACAUUCAGUGCCUUGGCAGCCAUCAAGUCAACUAUUCCUGAUCUUACCAAGGGUGUGUUUGGAGAGGCUCUUUCAUCUACCACGUCUACCGCUCUUGCCCGCAUUCCAACUUCGGUUUCCUCUUGUCGUGCUCCUCGCCGUAAUUAG